AUGUUUCUUUCGACGCAACUUCACGACUCGCUACAUCCUCUGUCUAUGCACGCCUGUAUCCCACGUCGAAACUCGAAGAAGAACUCUAGCACCGCACCUGAUCCCACCCCUCCCGAACCCGUCAUCCCUUCCCAAGCCAACCAGAACACCGCCGACCUCCCCGAACCCUGGUUUGACCAACCCCUCUGUUCAACACUUCCCCAGACUAUCCACAUCCGCAGCUCCCUUCCUGACUCGUUCCUGGGAUUCCCAUCCGUCUUCGUCUUCAACAACGAUUGA